AUGCCCAUCAAAGUAGUCGUUGUUGGCGCCGGUCUCGCUGGCCUGGGUGCUGCAAUUUCGUUGAGCCGUGCAGGCCAUGAGGUCCAGGUUAUUGAGCAGUCGGGUUUUCUGAACGAAGUUGGCGCUGCUAUCCAUGUGGCGCCCAAUGCCACCCGAAUUCUGAAGGUCUGGGGGUGUGAUUUGGAAAGUUUACGCCCCGUUCACUGCAACAGAUUACAAGUGUGGGAUGCCUCUGGGAAUCUCGUCUGGACCCCAAUUGUGACAAAAGAGCGUCAGAUAGCCCUAAAUACGACGGAUGAGUGGUUGUUGACCCAUAGAGUUGAUCUGCAUAAUGCCCUUCGCGCCGCAGCCACCAACGAGGUCAAUGGCCGCAAAAUCAACAUCCGCCUCUCUUCGCGUGUAUUAUCAGUGGAUGCAGAGGCCGGCAAAGUAGUCCUCGAGGAUGGUACCAUAUAUGUCGCUGACCUAGUUGUUGGGGCUGACGGUAUCCAUUCCCGCACCGUUCACGCCAUCGUCGGAGAAAACCAAGGACGUCAGAGUACCGGCCAGAAUUGCUUUCGUUUCUUGGUGCCCAUGGAAAAGAUACAGGCUAAUCCACUAACUGCUGCGCUUAUGGCAAAGACAGGUAUUGAUGGCGUGCAUGCCUUCGCGGCGCAUGACCGACGCAUCGUGGUUUAUCCCUGUCGGGGUGGCCAGCUGCUGAACGUGGCGGGCAUCCACCCUGCGGGCAAAGAGACGAACGCCAGAGAUUCAUCGUGGCUUGAUGGGGGCAGCUUGAGCCAGUUGAUAGAGACCUAUCAGGAUUUUGGCGAAGAGCUUCAGGAGAUGUGUCGUCUCGCGGAAGAUCUGAAGCUGUGGAGCCUGGCUUCGCGCAGUCCAGCUCCCACGUUCGUCAGAGGCAAGGUGGCUUUGAUUGGAGAUGCCGCGCAUCCCAUGUUACCUCACCAAGGACAAGGCGCCGCUCAAGCAUUCGAAGAUGCGGCGGCGCUUGGUGGAGUGAUGACGGAGGACAUGACCAUAGAACAAAUCCCGCAACGUCUGGAAUUAUACAACAAGAUCCGGUAUAAGCACGCAGUGACCGUGAUGAUGAUGUCUAAAACCCACGAUGAGCGACGGGCGGAGAUGUUGGACGAGCUCCGCUCCUAUGUGGCUGACGCGGAGGUCCCUGAGGAUAUACCACCCGAAAAACAGUCUGUCCAACUAGAGCAAGCAUACCCGCUACUGCCGUCCCCCAGAAUCAUUCACUUUGCAGGUUGGAAGAUUGGAAAUAUUGCUCCGCAGGUAGGAGUACCGAGUCUUCUUCCUGAGGGUCUUCGCUGGAUUGAGUCAAGAACCGGCACUGUUAUCCCUCUUCCAAACCUUUGCCAUGCUCCAUGGGAGAAGCCACCCCUAUCUUCUACGCCCCCCGACCUAGAUGGUGUCCAUGAGGUCGUGUCAACACCUUCUGGGCUUCCCGCGCGGACGGUACUGAAGCGGUAUCUGGACGUGUACACUUCAUCGGCCAUCCACGCAAUCUUUCCUGUCAUCAACUCAUCACUCUUCUACCAGACGAUACGUGCAGCCUAUUCGCCGCCUAGCCACGAUACAAAAGUCCAUUCUCCUAGUUCAAGAGCAUGCAUAUUUGCUUUUCUCGCGUUGAUUUCUAGUUUAGAUCAUCUUGCCACUCGUUGUACAGCCCCUAAGCCGCCUCCUAUCCCUCGAGACGAGUAUGCCAUGAAGGCCCAGGCUCUUUUGCCAUCCUUGCUUCAAGAACCGCUCAACUUAGAUGCAUUGCAGACAACUCUUCUACUGUCAAUAUUAGGGAUACUCACCGGUGAAUUGCAAACAGCAACAAACUAUAAUUCGAUCUCAUCACGUUUCAUCAUCGCUCUGGGAGCUCACACAAUGGGAGAUCCAGGCGCGAUGCCGGAACCUGCCGUCAGUGGUUCCAGAGACAAAGAGACUAGAAAACACCUUCGCGACCUUUUCUGGCUCUGUUAUGCCCUUGACAAGGACCUUUCGUUGCGUACUGGGCAGAGCCACUGCCUUAGGGAUGAAGAUUGUGAUCUUCAACUACCACCCGGUUAUGCUGAGAAACUGCAGUCUGGGAUGACAUAUUCUGCGAUGGAAAAUGCACAUGGCCUUCUGUUUCCAAUCGAUCUACGGCUCAGCAUGGUCAAGUCCCGAAUUUUCACCGCUCUCUAUUCCCACCGUGGACUACAGAAAAACGACGCUGAAGUCAUCCGAUCAAUUCGGGAACUAGACGAAGAGCUAGAACUCUGGAGAAUGUCCAUGCCCUCAAAUCUAAGACCUAGACUAUCAUUCGCAAAAGAAACCUCCGAAGAUCAGCGAGUUGACACCAUGUAUCUCGUGCUGACACAUCUCAACUACUACUUCUGCGUUAACAUAAUCCACCUGGCCGGAAGUCGAUGCGAAGCGUGGCGUUCGACUUCCACACCGGCAGGGAUGAUGGACGGACUACGCUUAAGCCUGACUUUAUCCGUGGAAGCCAGUCGGUCCCUUUUACUAUUUCUGCAUUAUUCCGAAUCGCUCGUGAGUGUAGGGAGCUUUUGGACACUCCUUUUCUAUCCCAUGUCAGCGAUGCUCACGAUAUUCUGCAACCUGCUGGAGAAUCCACGUUCUGAGAGCGCGGCGAGUGAUACGCAACUCCUGACAGUAACAGAGCACACAACUGAACGGGUCUUCCUGAGACAAAUUUCUCGAGCUGAUAAAGCUGCCCAUCUGCAAGCUAUCACCGGAUUUAUCUCUAGUCUUCGAGAUCUUGCCCAGCAGGCGGUUCGCCAAGCAACCAAGGAAACGAGACCAUCCUGA